CUUAUGACCCUCAAGAUUUGUGCUAGCCGGCCUGCUCUCCAUGGCAGAAUCUACCACCACGGGCUACGUGGUCAUCUAUCUGCCAGACCGCCUCCCAUUCUCAGGUUUCUGUCAAGAGCUGUUGAGGGCCGUUUGUUGGCGUUUGCAGGAAAAGAAGACACAUCCAGUUCUGGUUCGGGAGCUGAGGGUGGCAGCGGUGAGCGUGGAAUCAAGGUCGGUUUAGCACUUGGCGAAACCUGUCCCUCAAAACGCUGGGGGCGGCAGCGUCAUCAUUGUGAUACAGCCAGGCUGCAACAAUGACGAAGAUCAUCGACAAGAUCAAGCAGCAGGAUGGCAAGGUCGCCUUCUCCUUUGAGUUCUUCCCCCCCCGCACGGAGGAGGGAGUGGAGAAUCUUUACGAGCGCAUGGACCGAAUGGCUGCGCACCAGCCCCUGUUUUGUGACAUCACCUGGGGAGCAGGCGGCACAACUGCAGAUCUGACGCUGGACAUUGCAACCAAGAUGCAAAACAUGAUCUGUGUGAACACCAUGAUGCACUUGACGUGCACCAACAUGCCUGUGGAGAAGAUUGACGAGGCGCUUGAGAAGGUGAAGGCCGCAGGGAUUCAGAACAUCCUGGCGCUGCGUGGGGACCCGCCAAAGGGUCAGGACAAGUUUGUUGCAGUGGAAGGAGGCUUUGCCAGCGCGUUGGACCUGGUGAAAUACAUCAGGCUGCACUAUGGCGACUACUUUGGGAUCACUGUGGCUGGUUAUCCUGAGUGCCACCCAGACUACAUUGAAGGGCCUGGGGGCGCAAGUGAGCAAGCGUACAAGGAGAACCUUGCCUACCUCAAAUCAAAGAUGGACGCCGGAGGAGAGGUUAUCGUGACGCAGCUUUUCUACGACACUGACGUCUUCCUCAAGUUCGUCAAGGACUGCCGGGAGUACGGCAUCGACGCGCCCAUUGUCCCGGGUAUCAUGCCCAUCAACAACUACAGCGGCUUCAAGCGGAUGACCGCGUUUUGCAAGACCAAGGUGCCGCAGCACAUCCUGGACGCGCUUGAGCCGAUCAAGGACAACGACGAGGCGGUGAAGGCAUACGGGAUCCACCUGGGGACGGAGAUGUGCAAGACGCUCAUCGCGGGGGGCACCAAGCACCUGCAUCUGUACACCCUCAACCUGGAGAAGACGGUCAUGGCCAUUCUGACGAACUUGGGCCUGAUCGAUGAGAGCAAGGUGCAGAGGACUCUGCCGUGGCGGCCUCCGACGAACAUCAAGAGGAGAGGCGAGGAGGUCCGGCCCAUCUUCUGGGCGAACCGGCCCCGGUCGUACCUGUCCCGCUCGAGCAACUGGGACGAGUUCCCCAAGGGCCGCUGGGGCGACUCGAGGAGCCCCGCGUAUGGCACCCUCAACGAUUACCAGUUCCUUAGAAAGAAGUCGAAGGACCUCAAGUUGCGCGAGGAGUGGGGGAUCGACCUCAAGAGCUCCGAGGACGUCUUCAAGCUGUUUGCACGGUACUGCAAGGGCGAGCUGUCCGCGUUCCCGUGGUCGGAGCUGGAGACGCUGCAGCCCGAGUCGCAGCUCAUCACCGACAGGCUGACGUCACUCAAUGAGCGGGGCUUCCUGACCAUCAACAGCCAGCCGGCCGUCAACGCGGAGCCGUCGGACACUCCGGGGAUUGGGUGGGGCCGCCCCGGUGGCUACAUCUACCAGAAGGCGUACGUCGAGUUCUUCACGUCCCCCGAGCGCCUGCAGGCGAUCAUCUCCAAGAUGCCCGGCUUCCCCAGCCUGACCUACAUCGCGGUCAACGUCAAGGGCGAGACGUACUCCAACAUUGGCGUUACGGACGUGAACGCCGUCACGUGGGGCGUGUUCCCGGCCAAGGAGGUGAUCCAGCCGACGGUGGUUGACCCCCAGAGCUUCAUGGUCUGGAAGGACGAGGCGUUUGACAUUUGGACGUCCGAGUGGGCCAGCAUCUACCCGGACGACAGCCCGGCCAAGAAGGUGCUCCAGGAGACCCACGACGGGUACUUCUUGGUCAGCAUUGUGGACAACGACUACAUUCGUGGGGACCUUUUCGCCAUUUUUGAGGGUUUGUGAAGAGGGCUAACACCAAGCAUCGUGGGCUUCAAGCUGCCCGUGUUGGGAGCGCACAUUGGGGAAAGGGUUUCCUUUAAAAUUUGAAGUUCCUUUGGCAAGAUACGGUGCAAUAAGUAUUGGGGUGGUCGAUCCACAGUUUUCUGAGAAGAAGCGGGAGCACUUGAGAUGCGAAGCAGCAAAGUAGUAGUCGGUCACUUUAAUCAAGUAGGAUUAUGGACAAUCUCCUAUCAUGUGUUAUACCGUCCGAAAGGACUCUUUAACCGACAAUAAGACAAGUUAAUUGCUCGCUGAGUGUAUUCAUAGUAGAGGCAAGGACACAUGUGCGACUGACACGUUUGACACGUUGAAUCCUGAAGAUGGUAUACUAUACGCUGCAGGUAUUGUGAGGUUGUGCAAACCCGAUGUGUGUGUUGAUGGAUAUUUCUUCGGAUAAGGAACCUGAUCGACAUAUGGCAUAGUUGAGCUUUUUGAAAUAUUUUGCAGUCGAUGACAACGACAGUACAUAGGAGUCACAAAGAAAG